CCUGUAUUCUAUUUAUACAUUGGAAAAUAUCAUAAUAUAAAAAUUUAAUGGGGAAUUUGGUAAAAUUCUGCUAAUCUAGAAGAGGUUAUUGAAAAUAACAUUAUGAUCUGAUGAAUUUCAUAUCACAGUACAGCAGUAUCAUGGUAUAUUUGUAGUUGUGUUGGAAGAUGGCAGGUAAAGAGGAACCAACUUCUACUUUCAACAUUAAUUUAUUAACUGGAGAUGUAACAACAGUUUCAUCGAAAAUUGAAUUGCAUAAUCAUCAAGAAGGAAGUUCAAGUAAUCAUGUUCCUUUGUCGCAACAAAUGCUUCCUCCUCCGACUACCAAUGUUCCCUCAAGUUCAAGAGCAUUCACAGGAAAAGUGAAACCUCCUGGCAAAAUAAGAACAAAAGAUCUGACAUUGGAAAAGAAUUCAGAAGAAUACAUUCGCAGGAGACAAAGGAAUAACGUCGCUGUUAAGAAGAGUCGAGAGAAGACUCGUGAAAAAUCUGUUUACACUCUACAAAAAGUCGAGCAAUUGAAGGAAGAAAAUGAACAACUAGAAUCUAAAAUCUCAAUUUUGACCAAGGAGCUUAGCGUUCUAAAGGAUUUGUUUAUGGAUCACGCGAGGGGCUUCUGCACUGGAGGAAAUGUCAAUAUUGAUGCAGAGAAACUUGAAUCAUUGUUGGGUUGCAAAAUUAUUCGAAAACAUAGUGAUUCAGAACCUGGCACAUCUAGUAUGUCUUCUGCCAGUCCAUCUCGUGCCAUGUCAACAAUGGAACCAUUAAUAAACGCAGCAGAAAUUGAACUAAUGUCUUUUGAAAAAAAUAAAAACAAUGAUGUAUCUGCUUCAAACACACACCAACAAGCAAGUGUGAAUAAUUCUGAUGUAGAUUUGCCUGGUCAAUACGACAGCACAGUAAGCACAAUAACUCAAAUGCCUGAUUUUCAAAACGAAAGUUCGUGACACAGGCUUCUCUAUACUUUUAAAUUUUAUUUGUACUGUCUCCUUUUAUUUGAUAUUCCUUGUCUAGUCUUAUCAGUUGCUAUAUUAUUUUGGGUUCUAUCCCGCAAAUUUUGGUAUGAAGAACAGGUAUUUAAAACCUCUCUUUCUAUUUUAGAAAGAUUCACUUUUUGCUUUUCAAGCUUUAAAUGCUGGAUCUUGUUGAUUAUACAAAUCAUGUAAAAUUGCAGAUGACACACCAUUUUUAUACUUUUUGGUGUACAUUUUACCUUUUGAUGAUAAUUCUAUAAAAAUAUUUCAAAAUAAUUUAAUCUUAUAAAGUGGAGAAAAAUUUAUCAACAACAUUUAGUUACUAAUACUGUAUAGUAAUUAAUAGAAUAAAACAUAUCAUGAUUUUUUUAGGUUAUAGUAUUUAAUUAAAGUGUUUUCACAGUCGUAUGUGUAACAAAAAUGUGAGUUGCAGUUUCAACUUUUAUUUCUACUACUGUAUUUGUUCAUAGUUUAGUAAGUUGCCCAAGAAGUUCUAAUAGUUGUAUUGUGUUUUUUGUUUUAUUAUUUAUAUAGUUUCAUUGCA